CAAAUGCCGAUGGGUUAACCCAACCAGCUCCGCGAGCGGCCCGACCGCCUCGCGAACCGUGCUACGCGCGGCGUACUGUCAGACGAACUUCGUUUGAUGAUUUACAUAACUGUCAAAGUCAAACGUCGAUUUAUUUAUCCGAAAUGGCAAAGAAGACGUACGACCUGCUGUUCAAAUUGCUCCUGAUCGGCGACUCGGGAGUCGGCAAAACUUGCAUCCUGUUUAGGUUCUCGGACGACGCGUUCACGACGACGUUCAUAUCGACGAUAGGCAUAGACUUUAAAAUAAAAACGAUAGAGCUGCGCGGCAAGAAGAUCAAGCUGCAGAUAUGGGACACUGCGGGCCAGGAGCGCUUCCAUACCAUCACCACGUCGUAUUACAGGGGUGCGAUGGGUAUCAUGCUCGUCUACGACAUAACGAACGAGAAGAGCUUCGAAAACAUCGUCAAAUGGCUGCGGAACAUCGACGAGCACGCCAACGAGGACGUGGAGAAAAUGAUCCUGGGCAACAAGUGCGACAUGUCAGACAAGCGGACCGUCGGCAAGGAAAGGGGCGAGACGAUCGCCCGCGAACACGGCAUCAGGUUCAUGGAGACUUCGGCGAAGGCGAACAUCAAUAUUGAGCGGGCGUUUAACGAACUCGCGGAGGCCAUUUUGGAUAAGACGGCGGGCAAAGAGCCCGGGGACCACGUGGACCGCGUGCUGGUCGACAGGAGGCAGCAGGCCGCCAGCUCAAAGUCCUGCUGCAACUAGUCUUAGUCCGGUUUUUAGGUUAAGUCAAACGCCAUCUGUUAGCAUGUGAUUUUUUUUCGUUCGACACUGUGCGAGAAUGCUCAUCGUCGCGAGGGGGGAGGGGGAGCCCGGAAAUUCGUCAUACUCAAACCUUUGUGCCAGUUUUCUUUUAGGAUUCGCGCGAAGAAACUUUAAAAGCAAUACGUGUCCGUGUAAUAAGGGAUAGAGGUCUCCGGUUUAUCCCCGGUGUAAUUUUGCUUGUGUAACUAUUUUUUUUUCUUUUCCUCGUCGGUCAGUGUAUUAUCGUCUGUAAAGAUUGUUAAUUAAAAUUAAAUAUUACGGA